UAUGGAAUUGUGCUGGAUGCAGGCUCUUCUCACACAAGUUUGUACAUCUACAGCUGGCCAUCUGAAAAGGAGAAUGACACAGGGAUAGUUCAACAGAUAGAAGAAUGCCAAGUGGCCGGUCCUGGAAUCUCAAAAUAUGCUCAGAAAUUACAGGAAAUAGGUGACUACCUGGCUGAAUGCAUGGAAAAGACCAGGGACGUGAUUCCAGUGUCCAAGCACCAUGAGACACCUGUUUACCUGGGAGCCACAGCAGGCAUGCGGUUGCUCAGGUAUGGCAGCAUAUAGAGUUCAGAGAGGCAG